CCAAAGGUUCGCCACCACGGGCCUAGGAGGUCACCUUGCUCUCCCGUGCUGUCGUGUCUCCCUAGGCGACAAGACGGUUGCCAACUUCUUUCUUAUUAGUCAGCUUAACUGUUUUCCUGUCCUUCCACCUCACCCUAGUUCUUCCACUUCUAUUCCUGUUCACUUUCGCUGUUUAAAAAAGUUAGAAGUUAGAAAGUUAAAAGUGUUAGAGUGCGCUUAUUCCUCGUGCAGCCUGCUCUUUGGAGGGAGCUGGAGGGGGUGACUCCCUCAAGAAGCCGAAAGUCCAAAGUGCCUUCCAAUGGGAUGAGGAUCGCCCAGAAGAUGCCCUCCGAGGCUCAGAGGAGAAGGACCUUCCUGCAUCACUUCUACAGGCAUCCACACGCACCAUGGCAAACAGAGGGCCCGCCUACGGACUCAGCCGAGAGGUUCAGCAGAAGAUCGACAGACAGUACGACCCUGAACUGGAGCAGAUCUUGAUCCAGUGGAUCGUAGCCCAGUGUGGCCCAGAGGUCGGGCAGCCUCAGCCGGGCAAGGAUGAAUUCCAGAAGUGGCUGAAAGAUGGCACGGUGCUGUGUAAGCUGAUCAACAGCCUGUACCCCAAGGGGCAACCCGCCGUGGCCAAGAUCCAGUCUUCCCCCAUGGCCUUCAAACAGAUGGAGCAAAUCUCCCAGUUCUUGCGAGCAGCUGAACGCUACGGCAUCCUCGCCACGGACAUCUUCCAGACGGUGGACCUCUGGGAAGGUAAAAACAUGGCCUGUGUGCAGAGGACACUGAUGAACCUGGGAGGUUUGGCGGUCGCGAAAGGGGACGAAUUCUUCGCUGGAGACCCCAACUGGUUCCCAAAGAAAUCCCAAGAGAACCGUCGCGCUUUCUCGGAUGACAAGCUCAAAGAAGGGCAGAGCGUCAUUGGCCUGCAGAUGGGCACAAACCGGGGCGCCUCUCAGGCAGGCAUGACGGGUUACGGGAUGCCGCGCCAGAUCCUUUGAGCCCCUCCGCCCCUCAAUAAGUCCUUGGCCUCCUAACAUCUCUCCAGAAGCCUUAAAUGGGGUGGCGGUGGGGUGGGUUGAUGUGGUUUCCCCGGUACCUGUUUCCCUCUACUCACAAUUGCCAGAAUGUGCCCAUUUGCUGCUCUUAAUUUCCUCUUACCAAAUUCCAUAUUUUUUUUGGCAUUUUCAACUGGAGUGAACCUCUGGCCCAAGAUCUUUUUUUUCUUGGUGUAUUUUAAACCACAGGUUUUCUUUUGUGCCUCUGACCAAACAUGCUUGGACCAAGGAAACACCUUCCUUCCCCCCCCCUCCCUCAAAUCCACCGGUAAUUCCAAAAUGGUUCUUCUAAAGACCAAAUACCUCUUUUCACGGGGCAUUCCAAACCUUCGGCUCACAUUCCAGCAUCUGCCUCUCUAGCACAGCUCCCUGUUUUAACAAGUUUUGGGACCAAAACAGUUGCCUUCUCUAGACUCCAGGUUAACACCCCCCCACCCCUGCCCCCCAGCUGGCAAAUUAGCAUCUUAUCUCUAGAAUCUGAUUUUGGAAUGCAGACCGUCUUGGCUAACCCUCUCGUCAAAUGCAAAGCUAUUAAGUGAGGCGGGGCAGUUAUUGGACACCACCCUGGAUUGGGAGGGUCACCUGACCGGCAAGAUGUCAGAAGCGAAAAAGUUUGAUACCCUUUCGGUGCUAGGUUCAAAUCUUCCCUUUUUAAAAAGCUGCUUUUGGGGGGUGGGUUGUCAGCGAAAAGGAAUUUAACCGAUCAGCUGUCUUGACUGUUGAGUUGCCUUCAGGUUCGCGGCUGGCUCUGUUCCACUGUCUCACACGCCCAGUCCUCUUUGCCAGUUUUUUCUCAUUGGUCAGCCCUGUGGAAUUCCGGCCUUUGGAUGCCUGAGCACCACCUGGAUCCCUCGUGCUUGGGGGCGGGCAGGGAAGGGGGUGCUCUCCUCUCCCCCUCUUGGGGCAAAGGCACAGCUGUUACCCUGAACUCUUAAUGUCACGUGGCAUUCUUGAGUGUGGAAUGUGUUCUUGUCUUAAGGCCUUUGAUAAGGAAUAAAGAUUGCUCAAUCCUUGUUUAUAA